CGUUUCUGAUGAAACAUGAGUAAACCAGUGACAUUGUAGAUCAGCCUUUUUAAAACUCAUUUUUGCUGGCGUGUAUCCGCACUGUUUACGUGUAUGUAGGAACCCAGAAGCAUAUUUUAGCCUGUUCCAAUCUCAGGUUCUGUUGACAGAGGAGCAAGACAAACACAGUCAAGACUACAAUCUGGUGGUAGCCUGCACAAGAAGGUUGGCCAUGGGUGGAAAGGGCUUCCUAGGAUGUUUCAUCCUGUUUAUGUCUCUGGCUUCAGUAUCCACCAUCAAACAAACCCUUAUUUCAAUACAUGACCUCAGGGGCAUAGAGUUUGGCCACACUUUUCCUCGACAUGGCCUGAUGCUGCUCCACUGGCUAGCCAACAACAUUCACACUGACAACAACGGCAACAUGAGACUCAAUUUCAACCCAACUAGGGGAGACUAUGGCUUUAAUUUCUAUGGAAACGCUGACAGACCCCGCCCAUUACCUUUUCUGCCCUCUGAAAGUGGAAGUUACUACUCAAUAGGGAAUAUUGAUGGAAAUUACAACUACAAUGGCGCUACGGCACUUCCUGAUUAUGUCACUCGAAGCUUCUACAACUCUUGUAUACCUGAGAGAAACAGGGACAGAGUCAUUAUCAGAGUUAGGGAGGAAGGAUCCAAUCAGUUCAUAGUAGAUGAGGUCUACAUCACACAGCAUUACCCGCCAAAUGAAAACAGAGGAAGUGCCUACGAUCCAGACAAUACAUACCCUGUCAGUUUCAGCCUCUUAACACAAAUCCAAGUUCUCCCAACCAUUACACGAGAUGUAAUUCAACGUAUACACAAUGUAGAGAUAAACGACAACAGUGUGGACAACAUCUGGACACACACACCUGGGCUGGCACUUCUUUUGGCAAUUGCAUUGUACUUGACACGUCCCAAGGUCUCAUUUAUUCACCAAGUGUUUAUUACCAUGGAAAGCCAGCAUCACAUGCUGGAUGAUGAAAAUAAAUCGAUAAAGCUUGAGGUGAAGACCACAAAUAGAGGAGGUGCCAGGAUCACCUUCAGUGGUAUCCCCAGUAGUCUUUUGGACAAGGGUGUGAUUUGGGCGCUUUAUAAGAACAAUGACAGUACGGACAUGCUAGACUAUUCCUCAGUCAUAGAUGGUGCCUCUGGGUCCUUUGACACCUCAGUACCCCUCAACCCUGGUCUCCAGGCCAGGCUUCAUCCGCACAAAUCAAUGUGGUUUUUUGUAUUAUGCGGGAAUGACAACACAUCUGGGGAGGAAAUACAUAGGAGUUCUGAGUUUCAUGAUGCCAACAGAGAGAUUCCUGUUGAUAUAAGCGGCUAUAAGCCUAACGCCAGUCUGCAGCUCUUCGUAAAGGAUGGAAAGGCCUGCGCUCGCCUGUAUGUGAAGAAGUCCUUCACUGACUGGAAGGAGAAGUUUAAUAACUCCUGGGUUGGGUUUUACUCUUCAGAAAAAAACAAUACCAAUGAAUAUAAUACCUACCAAUGGCAAUGGGCUGUGAAGUUUUCUGAGGAAAGCCGCUCAGAUUGGAAAGAUAUACCUGAGUAUGACGUCUAUGUGUACAGGUCUAGUAUGCCCAUGUCUCCUGGGGUCCAGGCCCGAUUCAUGCUGGAGAAAUCUGGUGGUGAAAAGGCACGCACUCCACCCUGGGAGGUACAUACAUCAGCAAUUUAAAGCACACAACUUUUCACUGGUACGUGCUUUUGUCCAUUGUGUUUAGCCGGGUUCUUACAUGCCCAUCCUCUGCUUGUUAUUAAUGGAUUAUUAUCUAUGGGAUUUUUCAUCCUGUUUCGUAUUGAUUACAUACGCCAUUGAUAUUUUCAUUGAUAUCUAAUUGUGUAAUUGUCUCCGUCCAUUUUUGUUUAUCAUUUCUGCACCCUGCUUGUCCUUUUUAUUGAUUGAUUUGAAUUGUUAAUCUGUGCAGAGUGUAAAAAUAAAAAUAUAAAGAAUCUGUCCUCAAUAAACUAUUGAGGAAAUUGAAGUGAAAACACAAUAAAAAUCUGUGAAA